AUGAAGUUCAACAGCAUCGCCGUUAUCGCUGCCGGCCUCACUGCCGGCGCCCUGGCCGCGCCGACCCAGGGAUUCUCCCCCGCCAAUGCCCGCUGCGAGGCCACGGCCGCCGAUGCUGUUGACGACGCCCUCGGCAAGAAGCCCGGCGGCCUCCUAGGCUUUCUCGGCGAUGGCUUGCUCGGCGGCAUCACGCACAAGUUGGGUGUUGACGACUACCUGGAGAUCUCCAACGCUCUCAUCGACAGCGCUCUUAAAAGCCCUUCUUAG